AUGCCGGAAAACAUUGAAAUGCCGGAACCUGACCAAGCACAAGGACUUCAGGCUUCGACGCUCAGCUUGGCAGAUCCAAUUCCUGAAAUCGUGGACCAUAUUUGCGCACAAUUGCUCAACGAUGGGCAGACGCUUUUGAAGCUGGGUGCAGUUAACAAGUUUUGGUGGGGGAUUACAAGGGACCCGACGCUGUGGGAGCGCUUGAACGCUGCGCGCUUUGGUCCAUCUGCGAAUCCCUGUUGGAUCAAGAGGCAGCUGCUGCCGAGGUUCCGUUGGAACCGCUCCAGCUACGUGCCGGGGGUGGGGAUGUACGUGCGCAAGGAGGCCGUAGCGCGUGUGUUGGGAAGCCCGCUGCCACCCCCGUUGCCGCAGCAGGUGGAGCCGCAGGCCCGACCGCCCGACUUUCCCGGCUGGGUCUUUUUCCAGCUGAUGGAUUCCCCCGGUGGGGAUAUCCGCCACCCCGCCAACAAUGACGCGGACUUCACCUCAACGUGCGUUCGCUGUCUGGUCGGGCAUGGGUGGCCGUGGAGGGUUGCUGGUCAGGCAGCCCAUAGUUGCUCCACUUUGGGGGAGUUGGCGGAGGUGGCCUCUGCGCUGCCCCACUGCGUGGCCUUCAACACAUCGGGGUACCUCAAGCGAACCCUGCAGCCGCAGGCAAGUGGGAGGCGUAAUCAGAGGCAUGACGGGGUUAACUGGAUUUCUUCAGCAGGGCCUUGCAGCUGGUGUGGCAUGUAUGUUCGGGAGGACGUUGUGCAAGCUACGGGGCUCAGGCGGCAGAACGGUGGCGGCUUUUUGGACCCCUGUCUGCGGUACUUCCAGCUGUCCAAGACUCGGCUGCUGGCCGCCAAGGAUGUCGACGUGACCUGGCUCAAUGAUACUUACCUGACACGGGUCCCCGACCCGGCGCCAUCGAACAUGGCGACAGCAGGGUCGCGAGGUUCCGCCUCAGCUGCGGCUGCCGCGGUGCCCAGGGAGGUCGUCAGGCUUAGCCACGUCUGCUGGCUGGAGCUGAAGAGCGAUUUUAGAGGUGUCGGGCCCGGUCGGUACCGCUGCGUGUGGGUCCUAUGGGUGGACCAAGACUGCAACGCGUCCGAGAUCAAUUUUCAGAUCACGCUGGCUGCGGCCCGGCGGCUGGGCAGAGGCCUGGGCCCCAGCACGGAAAUAACCUGGGAAGCUCCUCCGGCUGACGCUGCUGCUGCUGGUGGUGGUGGCGGUGGUGGUGCAGCUGCUGCCGCGGGGCCUUCAGCGGCCAGAGGCAACGAGGCAGGGGUUGCAACUGUCCAUGGUGGCCGUGGUGGCGUUCCCGGGCGAGGUGAGGAGUUGGACAACGUGGUGGUCGGUAAUGCGCACCUGCUGCGGAACGCGGGGUCGAGCUGGCACCAUCAGGAUGUGGGCCGCUUUGAGGUUCCGGCUGGCCUUGUGUACGAUGUCACGGUUGUCGGGUUUGCAAAUACUGGGGCCCGUUACAAAGAGGACAAACCGCUCCCAAUCCACGACACCCCCUAUCUUCUCCGUCUAGAGAGGGAGCUGCAGGAGGCAGUCGAGCUGCAGCUGGAUGGGGGUGUCGAGGACUGUGCAUCGGUCAAGUUACGUUUUAGAUAUUAA